AUGGGAAUGCGUCCAGACUCCAGAAGGAUUGCCGUCCUGAUCACAGACGGGGAAUCCCAGGAUCAAGUAUUCCUACCUUCAAAGAACCUGAAACACAAUGACAUCGAGGUCUAUGCUAUUGGUGUGCAGGGUGCCAGAGAGAGUGAGCUAAAGGUCAUCGCCUCUGAUAAUGACCACGUGUACUUUCUCAAGGAUUUCAAGUCCCUUAACGGUAUCAUCAGAAAUAUCACCAUCGACCUCUCAAAAGGCUCAAAUAACUUAGAUGCUCCGUGUGAAACAGCCAAAGCUGACCUAGUGAUACUGGUGGAUGAGUCUACGAGCAUCUCUCCUCAGGACUUCAUAAACAUUCAGUUGUUUCUCAAGCACUUUGUCAACAACUUCGACAUCAGUCUGGACCGAGUGCAGAUCGGUCUGACUUUGUUCAGCGACACACCAAGGACUAUGUGGCACCUGAACACCCACCAGACCAAACAAUCCCUGCUGAGGGCCAUAGAAGAACUCGAACAAACUGGUGGAGGCACAAACACAGGAAAAGCUCUGACACACAUCCUCCGUAACCAGUUUAAACCCAAUGUGGGAAUGCGUCCAGACUCCAAAAAAAUUGCUGUUAUGAUCACAGACGGGGCGUCUAAUGAUGACAUAGAACUUCCCUCAAAGAAUUUGAAAGACAGCGGCAUUGAAGUCUUUGUUAUUGGUGAAUAA